AUGUGGGCCAAAGAGCGACCGACUCUGGCUUUGCGAUGGUUGACAGACAAGCCGGUGUGGGUAGACCAGUGGCCCCUCAGUCGUGAAAAGCUUAUGGCCCUGAAAAAUUUAGUGGAAGAGCAGUUGGCUGCAGGACAUGUUGAACCCUCUCAUAGUCCUUGGAACACCCCUGUGUUUGUAGUUAAGAAAAAAUCUGGAAAAUGGGGACUUUUGCAUGAUCUUAGGAAAAUAAAUGAUGUAAUGGCGCCAAUGGGGGCUUUGCAGACAGGCCUGCCAUCGCCCACGAUGAUCCCAAUGAAGUGGGAUAUUGUGGUAAUGGACUUAAGAGAUUAUUUCUUUACUAUUCCUUUAGCAGAACCUGACACGGAAAAAUUUGCUUUUGCUGUACCAUCCGCAAACAACAGUGAGCCUACCAAAAGGUAUCAUUGGAAGGUAUUGCCACAGGGAAUGAAAAAUUCCCCAACAAUCUGCCAAUGGUUUGUGGCAAAAGCAUUGACUUCUGUCAGAGGAAGAUGUCCGCAGUGUUAUUGUUAUCAUUAUAUGGAUGAUAUUUUGUUAGCCACACCUUGUUUACCUCUUUUAGAUGAAAUAGAAAAGGACAUGCACAAAUCACUAGAAAAUUAUGGAUUGAUUGUGCUGCCUGAAAAGGUGCAGUGACAGCAGCCAUGGUUGUAUUUGGGAAUGAAAGUGUUGGAUCAAGUGGUGAGGCCGCAACCUAUUCGGUUAGAAGUGAAUAUAAAAAUGCUGAAUGACGUACAAAAGGUGGCAGGAAUGAUUAAUUGGAUUCAACCCUAUUUAGGGUUGACGUCAUCUAAAUUACAGCCACUUUUGGACCUUUUGAAGGGGGACGCAAAUAUAGCUGCUCCUCGAAAAUUAACACCUGAAGCGAAACAAGUGAUUGAAGAUGUAGGACAAGCAAUUAGCAGAAGUCAAGUGUGGAGAAUUGAUUUGACUGUGGCUGUGCAUGUUUUUGAUUCAACAUGUGACCGGUAUCCCUCAUUCUCCCACAGGACAAGCUAUCGUGGAGCGUGCCCAUGGCACCUUGAAGCGUAUGCUCCAAAAACAAAAAGGGGGAAUGGGGGGCAAAAGUCCGGAAGCACGCCUUAA